UUUGAUGGUUUGUAAAUAAAUCGGUGUUUUGUAACGUUUGUGCUGGAUUGGUUAUUGUGCUGUAAUCGCUGGCAAUAAUUAUUUGAAAAUGUUUCUUUUUUGAUAUUAUUUAAUUUGCUCAAUUUAACAUGCCUAGACCUGAAACCAAAAGAUCAAGUGGGUUUUUCAAAGGGGUACUCGAUGGUUUGCGCUCUUCUGUCAGUCAGCGAUCAGACUAUAUUGCUGAUGAAAAUCUGCAGCCUGAACUCUUCCGGAUUCUUAAGACAAUGCGCCAUGGAUUUCCUUUCCAACCAACAGCAAUAGCUUUUGAUCCUGUUCAACGCAUUUUAGCAUUAGCCACAAAAAACGGUUCGCUCAGGCUAUUUGGUCGACCUGGUGUGGACGCAUGUGUGCAACAUGACAUUGACUCUGCAGUUUUUCAGAUAUUGUUUCUAGUCAAUGAGGGGGCCUUAGUUACAGUUUGUGCUGAUGAUACCAUGCAUCUUUGGAAUAUUCGACAGAAACAACCUGAAAUUGUUCACACGCUGAAAUUUCAAAAAGAAAGGAUAACCUAUACAUGCCUUCCAUUUCAAUCUAAAUGGCUCUACGUUGGAACAGAAAGGGGGAAUGUUCAUAUUGUGAAUGUGGAGUCUUUCACUUUGUCAGGUUAUGUCAUUAAUUGGAAUAAAGCUGUGGAAAUUUCUAGAAAAUCUCAUCCAGGCUUUGUUGUGCAUUUAAGUGACAAUCCUGUUGAUCCAAAUAAAUUGCUUAUUGGUUAUGAGAGUGGAACUGCUGUACUCUGGGAUCUCAGGAAUAAAGCUGCUGACUGCAGAUUUCAGUGCUCUGAGCUUCUCAGAAGUGCGUCUUGGCACCAUGAAGGACGGCAGUUUAUGUGCAGCUAUAAUGAUGGAAGCCUUCGAACUUGGAAUAUUAAAUAUCCUUCAAAACCUGAAUCUGUUUUAUAUCCUCAUGCUAAGACUACAAAAGAUAAAAAUUCAGAGGUAUGCCAUCCUAUAACCAAAGUAGAGUGGAGAACUGCUCGUGGGAGUGAUUCUUUCAUAGCAUUUGUGGGUGGAAUGUCAGUUGAAAAGAAGAAACAAAAUCCUUGUGUUACUGUACUUCAUGGGAAAACAACUACUGUCUUAGAAAUGGAACAUAGCAUUAUUGACUUCAUUACAUUAUGUGAAACGCCUUGGCCAAGUGAUUACCAAGAUCCAUAUGCAAUAAUAGUAUUGCUGUAUAAUGAUUUGGUUGUUAUUGACCUAACUAGCUCUGGAUAUCCAUGCUAUCAAAAUCCCUAUCCCAUGGACUUGCAUGAAUCUCCAGUUACAAGUUGCUCUUAUUUUGCUGAUUGCCCUAAUGACUUAAUUCCAGCGUUGUAUUCAACAGGCACAAAAGGAAAAAAGAACGUGUGUUUUUCAGAAAAGGACUGGCCAGUUGACGGAGGUAGCUGGGGAAUAUCUACUCUUAGUUAUCCAGAAGUUAUAAUAACUGGUCAUGCUGAUGGUUCCCUGAAAUUUUGGGAUGCCUCUUCUGUUUCACUCCAAAUUUUGUACAAGCUCAAGAUAUCAAGACUCUUCGAAAAGCCUAAACUUCUGCCUACUGGCGAACAUGAGGAUGAUCCGUUUGCUAUUGAACGUGUUGCAUUUUGUCCUGAAUCUCGAAUACUGUGUGUGGCUGAUGCAAGCUCUCAUGUUAUAGUUUUUGACUUCCAACAGCAAGAAACGCAGUCCGAAAUAACAGUUUUAGAAAUUCCUGUUUUUUAUGAAACUGAUGAAGAUCUAGAUAAUCCAGAUGCUGAUAUAGCAGUUGCCUAUCAACAAGUUAAAAUUGAGAAUCAGAAUUCUGCAUCAAACCAAGAUAGUGCUAAAACGCAUUGCGGAUAUAUACCUACAAAGGUAAAAGCAGGUGUCUUGAAAAGGAAUCCAGGAUUUCAAGCAGAAAUAGUUUGUCUUGCUCCAGUUAUAAAUAAAAAUACUCCUUUACAUAUAACAGCUUUAACGAUCAAUGCCACAAUUGGUUUGAUUGCAUAUGGCAGUGAGUGCGGCGUAGCUAUUGUUGACAUCAUACAGAAGUGUUGCGUUGCAAGCAUGAACACUGCUGAUUUAUAUGGGUCAUCAGAUCCUUAUCAAAAAGUUCCACGUUCACCUAAAAGAACCAAUAUGACGUUCGGUGAAAAUCCGAUUGAACCGGAUAAAUGUCGCUCAUCUGCUGUUGAACAGGUGAACGGUAUGUGCCUCAGUCCAACUACUCGUAAGCAUUUAUUACAAAGAAAACCUCCAUCAGCUGAAAUGCGUCGGACCAAGUCACAAGAUAAAAUAGAUAGUUCCUUCGCACGAUCUCGUAGUUCCAGUAUGUCUAGCUUAGAAAAUAUGACAUCAGAAGCAGUGCAAUGUCUAGUUUUUGCUGAAUCGUACUGUAGAAAAUCAGAUUUUGUUACCUCCCCAACUCUGUGGGUUGGAACGAACCUUGGCUCUGUUCUUAUCAUACUCCUUACUCUUUCUUCUUCUGAUGAUGAACGAUAUACUCAACCUGUCAUCGUAUCUCCUAGUGGGACUGUUUAUCGGUUGAAAGGUUCUAUUUUGUCAGUAUCCUUCCUUGAUUCAACAGGAACCAUGCUAUCACCUAAUUUUGAGCCAUGGAAGUCAGAAAACAAAUCAAAUAACGAUAAAGAACGAAAGAAGCUUUCAUCCAAUAAUCAUUCAAAAAGCAAAGUCUCUCCAACAGCUGAUUUUCAAGAUUCUCAACUGGUAUUGAUGUGCUCAGAGAAACAAGCAAUUCUUGUAACAGCCCCUUCUCAGUCUUGUCUUCAAAAAAUCAAUCUGACAGAAACUUCAUUUGUUGUUAAAGCCGAAGUUAUUUUGCUUAAAGAUCAUGAUAAAAUAUGUUUAUGCUGUUAUGCUGCCAGUGGAAGUAUUACUAUCUAUAGUUUGCCUUCUCUGAGAAUCAUUUGUACUGAAGAGUUUCUACCUUUAGUUGAUAUGCGUGUUGCUAGAACCUUUUGUUUUAGUAAGAAUGGACAUGGGGUAUAUUUAUGUUCACCUACAGAACUACAGAAGUUUUCUAUAUCUGCUGAUUAUUGUAAUUUAUUGCAAGAUAUGCUUGGAACUCUUUUUGUUAACAAAGAACUUCCCGAAGCUCCAAAACAAAGUUUCUUUAAAGGACUUUUUGGUGCAGCCCCAAGUAUACUCGACAGAGAGGAGUUAUUUGGCGUUUCCAGUGGUAAACCUUCCAAAAAUGUAGCUAGCCAUGUACAUAUCAGUUCAAACAGUGAACAAAUAAAAGCGCAUGCAGGAACACUGGGUGGAGAACUUGCUAAAGUGAAGCAGAAUCUAGCUGAGAGAGGCGAAGCCUUAUCGCAGUUGGAAGAUCGGACUGAGAAAAUGAUGUCUGAAGCUGAAAGUUUUCAAAGCGCAGCAAGACAAUUAGCAACAAAAUUUAAAGAUAAAAAAUGGUAUCAGUUUUGAAAGCCACAAGGGAACAUUUUUGUUGGCACUGUCUUUGAUAUGUUAAUCAUAUUAACAACUGUUCUUCAUGAGUUAAAACUGUUUCUGAUUAUAUGUGUAGCUGUCAAAUAACUGUAAGGUCCAGAGUUUUUUCUUUUCCUCAUGGAAUUUGAAGCUUCUGCAUGUAAAAUAUGAUCCCAAGUAUGAAAUGAGUUUUAAAGUCAGUUCCCUUUUAUUUUCUUGUAUCUAAAAGAUGGCUAUUAUAUACAUUUAUGUUGAUAGUUUACAAUUAUUUUUUAUGAAUGCUUCUAAAAAGAAACUAAAUGUUGAUUUGCGCAAAAGUUAAACAUAAUUUUUUAAAAAAUCAUUUUUUGUUGAACAUGAAGUUGUGUUUCUAUAUAUCUCAAAUAUAUAAAUAUGCCUUUUACAAAUUAAUGAAAUGGAAAAGUAAAUAACUUGCUUCCAUUAAUUAAAUAAGCAAAUUUCCUUUCUUUUGACCGAAGUUUUCUUCCUGUAUUAAUGUGAUUAUGUUGUUGCUUUGCUGGACUCUCUCAUGGAGUUUUCUACUGAUAAAGAUCAUUUCUUUUUAAAACCCUUUCUCUUUCAACUAACCAUCUAUCGUCUUUCAUUUACUAAGUACAUAUUAUUCUAUUUAUUGUUUGAAUGUGAGAACAUAUAUUUUUGUUACAGGCUUGAAAUUAAAAAUUUCAGUCGGUUUUGGUAGUCAUAUAAAAUUUGGAUAAAAACAGUCUUUUAUUAUUUUCAUGCAUUGCAGAACUAUAACAUCAAAGUUAUUUUUUCUCUCUGUAUAUAACUCGAAAGAAUUGUGUUAUGCUGACUAUUUAAAAAAAUACAUUGCAACGAUUGCAAAGAAAACAAGCAUUAUGCUGCGAAGUGUAAUUGCUGUGUGUCCAUAAUGAGAACACUUCCAGACGAAUGCCUAAGUUUACGGCGGCCGCUAAAGAAAUAGGUUAUUGUCGGAAGAGUAGUUAUAAAUUCAUUCAAGUUUCUUACAUUGGCUCGUUUAGCGCCAAAUUGACGAUAUUUGGUAUUAAUGCAUUUAUUUUUUGAAAACAAAUUCAAAAUUAAUUUUCUAAACUAAAAAUAUUUGAAUACUCGGAAUAUUGAAAAUUUCUGUUAUUCCUGUCAUAUGUAUACAAAGAACAAUGCAAAUCAAAUAAAAAAAAUACUAAAUAAUUAUUUAUAUGCCUAACGAUUGCGCUAGAAAAAAUAAAAUCUAAAGUAGAAUCAUGUAUGACAAAAAAUUAAUCGUCUUCAUUUCAUUUGAUUUAAAUUUAUGUAAGUAAUUAAUGCCAAAUUCUGUGCGAAACGCGAGGUAAUCUCUCUAAUUUAAAUUAAAAGUAAUAGUAUAAUUAAUCGUAAUUUUUCCAUAAUUUUUAUAAAAGCUUGUUUAUAUUUUAAUAUAAAGUAAAAUGUUCAUUGUUAAAUAUGCUUGAAACAUUUUGAAAUUUAUAUUUAUUUAUUCUCGAGUAUAUUCUAUUUUCCGUAACACAAAAUUAACAAUUAUCAUACUAUUAAUUUUUAGAUUUAAAAAAAAUCUAACUUUGAUUUGUAAUUUAUUUUCAAUAUGCACAAGCUUUCCUCAACGUAAUUAAUUUUGCAAAGUUUAUAUGUAAAAGUAUUCCGAAUUUGAAAAUAAUUCAAGUGUUCAUUCAAGUGCGUGCCAGAGGUCCCGGACUUAAAAGGAAAGCCCAAAUAAAUAAAACCAGCAUCGCUUUACAUUAUUCUAUGAAAAAAGCUGUAAAAGGUUUGUUUUAAAGUAAUAUUCCAGAUGACUAUUUCCUCGGGUUAAAAAAGAAAUUAUUUCAAAGAAAACUUUUUCUCGCGAACUGUCAUUUCAAGUAAUAUAGUGAUAACUGGGCUUUUCUUUUCAAUGUAUAUCGGUGGUCAUGAGCAGCGUAGCAAUAAAGGAUCCAUAAAUUCCUGCGUUCAUUUUAUAAUUUUGGAGUUGAAAAUUCUUCAUUCCCAAUAUCCUUAAAUUUCUUCUUCACAUUUCAGUUCAAUGCUCAUCAAUGUCGAUCGAUCAAUCAAAUUCUCAUUAUCUCACUUUUUUUUUUUAUCACAAUCAAAGCACCUGAGUAGAAGAAACAUCGUUAAAUAUUUUAUUUCUUAUAGUUCAUAUUAACAUGCGUAAAUUUUUAGAUUCUUGGAAUUAUAUCUAAAAAGGAAAGCCUGAACAAAUGUCUUUUUUUUUUUUUUUUCACAAAAUUCUGCUACAUUAUGCACAAUUUUAUGUGCUUGUGAUUUUAAAGUCACCCCUUCCUUAAAUUGGAAAGGUAUUUUAAAGGAUACCUGCAUUUAAGGGAAAGAAAAAAUUAUUAAAUAAUGAAAUGCAGUUAAUAUUAACCUAAGAAAAGGUUAAUAAAAUAUAAAGGAAGUAAGCUAAGCGAAUAUAAAGACACGUGCCACUGCGGCUAAAGCGAGAAGACGAAUGAGCAACAGCUUUUUUUUAAGGUUUCAAAUUGACGCCAAGAAAAAAAGACACCGCCGGACUUCCAUCAGAUUAAUCUUAUUCGAAUGGAUCUACAGAAACUUGUUUCUAUAACGCCCGCCGUAAAAAUAGGCAUUUGUCUGGAAGUAUUCUCGUGGUGGACACAUAGUACUAAUAUCGUGCAAAAUUAAAAAAGAAAAAAAAAUUUAAUACCGUUGUUAUAGCUUGCAUAUGCUGUAGACCAAAUGCUCCGACCAAAAUUAAAAUGUAUUGGAAGUUCAAAGUAUAAUUUGUUUUUUUUUAAAUGUAAUUUUUAGAAUUAAAAAAAAAUUUUUGAAAUUUUACAAAUAUAUGUAGGAUCAUUACAUAUAUAAUCAGUUUUAUCAAA